AUGAAUCCGAUACAAAUCUCCGUGGUCCCAGCCAAACCGGCUUUCUUCAAUGCCGCACGGGUAGCGGCGCUACAGGGCCACCUGCGACAGCACCUGCUCAAUCACAGAACCUCACCUUCGUCAAAACCAGUGCCUCCCUACCUCUUCGUCUUCGAGCCCGCGCCCAUCUAUUCAAUCGGCCGCUCCCAGCCCAAGCUGUCAAUGCUCCAAAGCCACGCUCUGAAGUCCGACCUGAAAGUGUGGAGCCGUCGCAGCGACUACGCCGCGGAACGUGAGGAUCGAGAGCCGGAACUGCAAGAACACGACUGUCAACCCGAGGUCGUCUCUUCCGCGACGCGGGAUGUGAGUAUGUACUACGGGCCCGGCCAGCUGCGGCUCUGGACAGCUGCCGAUCUGAAAUCUACCCCGUCAUUGGACUUGAAGGGGGAAGACUACGAGGGUGCGAUCGGCUCGGUCACCAUCAAGCUUCUGAGGGAUAUGUACGGCCUCAACCUCUUCCACCGGCCGGGCUCUGGCAUCUGGACCGAUAGCACGCAUUUCAAGGAACAGCGCCAGAUAGCGGAUAUCAGCGUACAGAAUGACGACGACAUCGUUACGGGCGGCGUCACGCUGAAUCUCGACAUUCCCGUCUCUGGAGGUGAGGAGGUCAAUCCGUGGGCAAGGCUCGCUGGGGACGAGUUUGUCGGAGAAGGCGUCCAGUUCCAUCGCACCACCAGUGUCGCUGCGGAGCUUGGUGACGAUGGACACGUGCUCGGUCGCCGACCGGACCUUGAUAUGGAUCUCGUCAUGCGUCUGCUCGGCCAGUCCGUGGCUCACGAGCUCGGUAUGGGCGAGACCGACAUUGUCAGUCCGGAAGAGGCAUUCGGGGACGAUUGGAUGGAGCUGGGACAAAGGAAGGGCGGGAUCUGGGGCGAUAUCGCGGGCCUGGUCGGAUUCAACAUCGUGCUGGCUUUGUUCGACUAG